GAGAGAGAGAGAGAGAGAGAGAGAGAGAGAGAGAGAGAGAGCAGGUGGUGCUGUAGACCGUAGCCCUGUAUAUAGAGAGGUUUUUUUGUGCAUGGGUGUGAGUUCAUGUGUGUGUAUAUGCGUGUGGAGUAGCCGUGCAGGAAGGAGCAGGGUGCCACAGCAUUGGCAGGAUGGCAGAGAGCACAGAUGUGGACCAGCUGCUAAGUGCCUUUAAGAAGUUUGCUGUCCAUGGAGACACCAAAGCCACAGGGAAGGAGAUGAAUGGCAAAAACUGGGCCAAACUCUGUAAGGACUGCAAAGUUAUUGACGGCAAAAACGUCACGUCCACCGACGUAGAUAUCGUCUUCACCAAAGUCAAGGCAAAGUCUUCUCGGGUCAUCACUUACGAGGAGUUUCUGAAAGCUCUGGAAGACCUGUCCUUGAAGAAGUUCAAAGGUCAAAGCAAGGAAGAAGCGUUGCAGGCCAUACACAAGCUGAUCGAGGGCAAGGAACCCACCAAUGUUGGUGUAACGAAAGUGGCGAAGGGCGGAGCAUUGGACAGACUAACAGACACUACCAAGUACACGGGAUCGCACAAGGAGCGCUUUGACGAGAGUGGCAAAGGCAAAGGGAAAAGCGGACGCGAGGAGAUCGUAGAGAACACUGGCUAUGUAGCGGCAUACAAGAACGCAGGGACUUAUGAUGAGAAGACCAAAACCAAGUGAAGGUUGCAAGGCUAGUGGAACACGUGAGAAAUCAGGAAGAGCUCCAUUUCCAUCAGCACUUACAUCUGGACCAAAGGCAGACCUGAACUUUGUCAUGGUGGAAGCCAGUGAAUGUCAGGAAAUUAAGUAAACAGCUGUGUCUGGGGUCUCCGGAUGCAGUUAUUAAGAUGCAUCAGUGUUUAUUGUUUUAAGAUGUUUCUGCACAAUAUGUCUUUACAUGUUAACACGUCUUUCUAAAUCUGGCCAUUUUUUUACCAUGCAUACCAAAGCAAAGCUAAUUCAAGUGAUUUUUUUUUUGUUUUUGUUUCGAUUUUGGGUUUCUCUGUCAAUGAAGGUGACUUGCUUGCUCACAAAGCACUAGAUGAUGAAUUGCUCAUUUAUGAAUUAUAAAAUUUUUUGGGGCUUUUUUUUUAUUCUUUGUGUUAGAACUCAAGCAGUAAAGAACAAUAAUCCAUUGUAGUGUAGACGUCUGUAUAUAAAACAUGAUUAUGAAUGACUGCAUGCCAUUUAAUUGAUAACUGCGACAUCCUCGUGCAGUUCGGGUGGAUUUGAGGCGGCUGUAGUAUUAGUGAUGGUAUUAAGAAUUUGGAAUUAAGAAUUGAUUAUUUAAUCUACCCAUCAAGACAUCCACCAAUCUUUUGCUAUGAAUAAAAUCAUAUAUCCAGCCUUCACCUGUUACUUGACAUCCCUUUGCUGUAAAUCCCAUUUUUCACCAAAGUAGCUGGUAGCUGAUACAAUGUGAUUAAACAACGAUGCAAUGCAUUUAUUCGACAUCUUCAUUGGCCUUUUUUGAACAUCACUAUCGCACAGUUACUGCGUUAUUUGGCAUGUAUGUAAUUAGCUGUAUUGUAUAUGUGUUACUUUAACCCCAUGUUAAUAAGCAAUUGAAAAUAAGUUCAAACCCCAACCCAAGCUAUGCUACUUAAGGAACGUUUAUAACCUUUAAUAAGACCUAAGAAACCUUAAAUAUGCAGAGAAUCCCUUGAAGUAUCCUUAAUAAAUGUACUGUCCAGAGACAAAUUCAAAAUGAUCGACCAUUAUUCAUUGGGGUUUGGAAAUGACGCAAAUGUAAAAUUCUGUUCAGGCGUUUUUUUGUUUUGACCGCAGAGACAUGAUUCAUAACCCUAAAUAAUAACAGAGGAACAGAAAUUUUCCUGACUAUUGAAAUCUAAAUUGUGAUGAAAAGCAGAAGAAAGGCACUAGUGAUGUUGACCUUCCUUUCACCGCUAUAUGUUUACAGACAACCGUACUAGAUGCAUACAUUAAAGUAACAGCCGCCUUAAUCAUAUAUGUCUCAUCAUGUAUUUCUGGUCUUCAAGAAGGCCUGCCUUGCACUUUAAUGGAUGCAUUUGGACUAUAAACCUGAUGUACACUUUGAUGAUAAGAAAUAACAAACUGGAGAUUUUUUUAUUUUUUUGCUUUAAAUAAUUCAUCCUGGAAUAAAAAAUUCGAAUACUGUAAUUUACCUGUAAACAUAUUUCUGGACAAGCAGUAUAAUAAUGUGGUGUGAUUAUAUUAUACUGGACAUCUAUGUUUCAGAUAUCCAAAGUAUGACUAUUACGUUUCCUGUCGAGUCUGGCCCUGUGAUUCUUGUUGUCUUGUCUAGAUUAAACGUUGUAUAAAAUA